CACCAUGGUUGUUUUGGUAUCCGCUAAUGUAGCAGUCAUCUGUCAAAAAGGAGGUGAUAAACUUUAACUAGCCAGUUUUAUCCACUGGAUUAAGGACGCACGUCAGUAUCGUCUUUACUAUGUCCUGUCCAAGUUGAUGAAACGAACCGUACUUCGAGUUAAAGACAGAUAUUUAGUUAUUUUUGGGAGUUGUGUUAGCUGGUGGUUAGCUCGCCUGUUAGCUGGCUGUCACUCUGUCAACAAGUUGUGCUCAGGAUGGACUGCACGGCGCUGGAGCUCGAUGCUGUCAAAUUUGCCAAAACAGCUGUCACCUAUGACCAGAGCGGCAAAUACAACGAGGCUGUGUUUUAUUAUAAGGAAGCAGCCCAGGCCCUGAUAUACGCUGGCAUGGCGGGGUCCAAACUGGAGGGGAUCCAGGACAAAGUGAAUGAGUACUUGGAUCGAGUUCAAGCCCUCCACAAUGCUGUCCAGAAGAGCGACCCGCUGAAGUCCCGGCAGCAGGUGGACCUGGAGCGCGCCCAUUUCCUGGUCACCCAGGCCUUCGAGGAAGAUGAGAAGGGAAAUUAUGACGAAGCCAUUGAGCUGUACUCUCAGGCUGUGGAGCUGUGCAUUGACACGUCCAACCAGACAUCGGACCAGGCGCUGCAGACCAAGCUGAAGCAGCUGGCACGUCAAGCUUUAGACAGGGCGGAGGGUCUCAAAGAAUCCCAGUCCAGAUCAACUCCAACUCAGGACAGGACGGGGCCUCCUGGAGCCAAGCCCAGCAGUGGGGCCAGCUCUGGGGGACCAGUCCGCCAGUACUUCCCUCUGGGGCCAGACUUCAGCCUCCAUGACCGACCACAGCCCCAGCCAAUACGAGCAGUCCAGUCCAGCGAGCCCCAGGGUCAGCGCUACACGUCUGAGGAGAUCGAGGUGCUCAGGAGUACAUCUACAAUCAAUGGCAUAGCCUACGUGCCCUUCAUGAGUGUGGACCUGAGGGAGCGAUUUGCCUUUCCUGUUCCUUUCUCGGACAAAACAGGGAAACUGGCACUGUCUCCCAAACAGAAAGCCAUCUUCUCUCGCUGGGUCCGGCCAGACGAGAUCUGCAAUAACCCCACCAUGAUCAUGUCUGUGUCCAGCUUCAGCAUCAAACAGACGGUGGUGUCUGACUGUUCGUUUGUGGCGUCACUGGCCAUCAGUGCGGCCUAUGAGAGACGCUACAACAAGAAACUCAUUACCAGCGUCAUCUACCCUCAGAACAGACGAGGAGAACCAGAGUAUAACCCGUGUGGGAAGUACAUGGUCAAGCUUCACAUUAACGGAGUUCCCAGGAAGGUGAUCAUAGACGACUACCUGCCGGUGGAUCGUAACGGAGAGCUGCUGUGCUCCUACUCCAGCAACAGGAACGAGCUGUGGGUCUCUCUGAUAGAGAAGGCCUACAUGAAGGUGAUGGGAGGCUACGACUUCCCUGGCUCCAACUCGAACAUCGAUCUGCACGCGCUCACCGGCUGGAUCCCCGAGCGCAUCGCUAUGCACUCAGACAAUCAGUCGUUCAGCAAGGACGACACUUUCCGUAUGCUCUUCCAGAGGUUUCACAGGGGUGACGUCCUCAUUACCACGGCAACGGGGGUGAUGACAGAGGAAGAAGGGGAGAGAUGGGGCUUAGUCCCAACGCACGCCUAUGCUGUUCUUGACAUCAGGGAACAUAAGGGAAUGCGUUUCCUGCAGCUCAAGAAUCCGUGGAGUCAUCUGCGGUGGAAGGGACGUUACAGCGAGCGGGAUGAGAAGAACUGGACACCUGACCUCCUUAAGUACCUCAACUUUGACCCCAAAACAGCACAGAAGUUUGACAAUGGUGUUUUCUGGAUUGCAUGGGAGGACCUUUGUCAGUACUAUGAUGUCAUCUACCUGAGCUGGAACCCCGCCCUGUUCAAAGAGUCCUCCUGUAUUCACAGUAGCUGGGAUGGGAAGCAAGGUCCAGUGAAGGACGUCUACAGUCUGGCCAACAACCCACAGUACAAGCUGGAGGUCCAGUGUCCAACAGGAGGAGCAGCUGUGUGGGUGCUGCUCACCAGACACAUCACUGACAAGGACGAUUUUGCACAGAACAGAGAGUUUAUCACUCUCGUCGUUUACAAGACAGAUGGGAAGAAAGUCUACUACCCAGCGGAUCCCCCUCCUUACAUCGACGGCAUCCGUAUCAACAGCCCACACUACCUGACCAAGAUGAGGCUGACCAGCGCGGGGACACACACCUUCACACUGGUGGUUUCCCAGUAUGAGAAACAGAACACCAUCAACUACACACUGCGGGUGUACUCUGGAUGCAAAUUCACCUUCUCCAAGAUCCCAAAUCCCUUCACUCAAACCAAAAGGAUCAACGGCCAGUGGAAGGGCCCCAGCGCUGGAGGUUGUGGGAACUAUAAGGAUUCAUACAAACACAACCCCAUCUAUCAGAUCAACCUGGAGCGAGGAGGACCGCUGCUCGUCGAGCUCCGAGGAUCCAGGCAGUACAGUGUCGGCUUUGAGAUGGUGACCGUGUCGACGGUGGGGGAUCCAGGCCCGGCUGCCUUCCAGAAAAAGAGCAGUGGAGAUUACAGAUGUGGCUUCUGCUACAUGGAGGUGGAGCACGUCCCAGCAGGCAUCUACAACAUCAUCCCCACCACCUUCUUGCCCAAACAGGAAGGACCCUUCUUCCUGGACUUUGCCAGCACCUUGCCCAUCAAGGUCUCUCAGCUCCAAUGAAGAUGGAGCUGGAGAGAGGACCGGGCAGGGAGACUGGGAGAGAGUGGGAUGUCAUGGGAUGUCACUGGAACUGUACUUUGGAUGUGAUGAGGUACCAAUGAAACACAAAGAUGCCCAGAAUGUGUCACAGCGUCUCCCCAGCUCCUCUCACUGAGACCUUUGCUGAGGACAGACUGUGACCAAACCACACAGUUCAGUGAAGGAAUAAUUUAUUAGUAAGGAAUCAGCAAGAGGAACCUCAGUGUGGAAUAAAACCCGUCAACAGUCAAGAUGUUUUGGGACAAAAUAAAAUAUGCUUACAUCAGAAAUUACACAGUGAUAGUGACAGAGAGCAGCUGUACUUCCAUUUGCCAUAAUAAGAUCGACACAGAAUCUAUGGAGCAGCGGUGUCGUUGCUCUGAUCAGACUGUUAAAUCUGUUGGAUCUCAUGAGGUAACAGUGAUUAUGUGACCACUUCCUGGACUCGACAGGAUGAGGAGAAGUAAUGGGCUUGAAAUGAUCACCAGCCAAGUCUUUUCAGGUUCUGUUUUGCUGCAGUGAGCACCUCAACAGUCCACAAGUGCGUUUUGAGUUUUUGAUCCUGGGUGGAUUUUUUUAAGUUAAGGCAUAUGUCAUUUUUCAGUAAGUUCCUUAGAGAGCUAGGAGAGCAUCUGUCCUCACUCCUUCAUGGCUUGGGACCCUUGAUUACAGUGGUAGAGUAUCUUCAUUCCGCAGUGAGCAGCGAUGACUCAGACAAUAGUGUUCUUCCAACUUUGUGGCAACCAGCUCCGUAAAGAAAUGCUUUUCCCAGUUUGGUGUUGAAGAACUUGACUGGCCUGCACAGAGCUCUGAUCCCAUCCCCACCCAACACGAGCCAGUGGUUGGACUUCACUGAUGCUCAUGGGGUCAUUGGGAGUAAACGCCUUUGCACACCAAGUCUGUAUUUUUCGUAGGCUUUUUAAAAAUUUGUCAUCUGAUAAAAAUGGUUACGCACAGAAACCUGCACAUUGAAUUAGUCCAUUGUGUUUCAUUGUUCUCUCUCUCUUGCUGCAGAUCCUCAAAAAGUCUAAAGCUCAGUUCAGACCAAAGAUUUGCGACAAGAUGAAACCGCUUUAGAACGUUGCAGAGAAAAGAUGCAGCGGUGUGAACUGGCCGUCUAAGCUCGACUGAAGCCGGCUGAUGGUGACACCUGCAACUCAGCUGGACAAGUUGUGGGCGGCUGGUUUUAGAACGUAAAGCUCAUCGCCUGUUUCUACAGCCGAUCGACUUGUAGUGAAGUCCACUGGUCCGGUGUCGGGAUGGUGGGUCACUGCUGCUGCUGCUGGCUGUAUGUGCUUAUGCCUAUUUUGGUGUAUUGAUUAUGAAUACCGUCCAUCUGAUGCUGGUUUUGUUUCUGUUUAUCACCGUUUCAUCACCACUACAAAUGCAGCUGUAGCCAGUAUCUCACUAUCACUAUCCUCAUUCAGAUUUUAAGAAGCUACAAAUUAUAUUCAGCCACAAAAUAAGUCUGAAAAGCUGCAAAUCAGAACUGAAGCACAGAAAGUUGUUGCAUAGAGAUGAUACACCGUCUCAUCUGGUUGCCUUGGUGUGAGGUGCAGGUUUUCAGAAUGUUGCAGAACGACACAUUGCAAGUAGAUUGUUGUUUCAUCUCAUCUCGUCGUGAAUCUUUGGUCUGAACUGGGCUUUAGGAAGCAUUGAAUUCAUUUUUCUAAACAAAGAAGGCCUUAAUUGGUGUAAAAUCUCUUAAAUCAAUCUUUCAAAAGUCUUCAGAAUGCUCGGACAUGGGAAGUAGGAUUUUAUGAAUAUUAAUUUUCUGACGUUGCAUUGUAAAAUCUCAAAAUAGUUUUUCUUAAACAAUAUACAGAAUUCCUCUUGCAAUAACAUCACACUGAUCAGGAUAGUGGAACAAGCACUACUCAUAUUUUGUUUCUGCUCAGAGCAGAGGAUCCACUCUCCGUCCAUGUCUUGCAUUUCGCACUGCAGCUACCUGAGUUAUGAAAUGACACUGUGCACUAGGGCUGGCAAUCACCAGAGGAUCUACGAUACGAUAGUAUUAAGAUACUUAAGUCAUAUUAUUGGGAUGUUAAAUAAGUUGCGAUAUGCUGACUAUUUCCCCAAAAGAAAACUUUGUCAACAUCUGUUUUAUCUGAUAAGAUAAAGUUUUCAGUCUAUUCAUCUCACUUCAGCUGUUUUCUUUGCAGCGGCAAAAUGAAUCUAGAAGACUGAAAAAGCAACUGAGUAUAUUAUUCCAAUAGGCUACUUAAAGUUAAAUUUGUAUUUGAAAUUUUAAUAAAAAAAAAAAAAUCGUGUGACGAUAUGAUAUUGCCACACAAAAAUAUUGCGAUACAAUGUUGUACCAAAUUUUCCCCGACCCGUACCGUGCAGACAUAAAAUUUUACUCUGCCAUAAGCAUCAUUAUUGCUGGUGUGCAUUUCUGGAUAGUCUCAUGUUGCCUUCUCUUUCAAGGAGAAGACUUUGCUCCCAUAUAUUUCUCCUUCUUUUUCUUGCUGGCCUGCUGUUCGCUUCAGGCCUGUUCCUCUCUCUUGAUGUGGACGUAUGUGUCCCGCAGGUUACGCCACAGUUUCUUCACUGCUCUUUGUUCAAACAACUCUCUAAAGGCUUUUCAUAAAAAAGAAACUUGUUCGGGAAACUUAGACAAUGGACAAAAGUUUCGGAGUUGGUGUGCAAAGGCCUUAAAUCUCUGCAGCCAGGUUCUACCGUCUGGUGGACAGACUGUGAGUGGAGGUUGCUAUAGCAGCACAUUAAUGCCUGAUGCUUUGGAAAGACAUGUUCAGCUUUCACACACAAGUGGAGUGUUAAUGUGUCCACAUAGUUAUGGCCAAGUUGUGGAUCUCAGUUGAGACUUUGGGUGAAAUUUGACAAAUGUCUCUGGAACAUCCGCCUCAUUUUCCUGUUAGAAACCGGAGCAGUGACAGUGAUUCAUCCAUGCAGGCAGGUGCAGGAAAGGUUCAUGAUGAUGUCUCAGUAAGAGAGAGACCUGUCAAUCAUCCAGUGUGGAGUCAGUAUGGAGUGACGGCGGUCUCUGGUGAAUUCAUACACAGUCCUGCUGAGCAGAAAUAGCAGGAAAGCUUUUCCCUGCUGUAACUUCAGUUGUGUUGUACAUCACAGUGUCACCUCUCCACAGAAAGCAAAAAUAAGAAUCAAGCCCAAGAUAUAAACCAGAUCAUGAAUUUAUGAUCAUGAUAACUCUUUGUUAUGGAGAGCCAUGGAAAGAACAUACACAGUGUGACAGGAUGGAAAAUGAACUCGUGCUUGAGAUGCUCAUAACUGCAGAACAACUGGAGAAGAACGAGUUGCUUGAUUCUGGCAGCCAUGAUACAAAAUUUUACUUUUAUCCCUGUCUUUAUUCAAGAGUGUGGUGUUUCAAUUUGAAAGCAAGAUUCAGUAAUUUAACUUUCAAGUUUUGUUUUCCUUCCCUCAAACCCCUGCCGUCACACUCAAACAGCUCCUGCUCUGCUCCUGUUCAGACUGUCUGCUUUCACUCAGACAUAUCGUUGCCGUCACAGAUUUCCUGCGCUCCAGGAUAUUUAAAAAAAAAAAAGGUGCCAGGCAGUCGAUGGAUUUCGCACAUUUUAGGUGUUUAAAUGUUAAAAGAUUUGUAUAGAGGUUUCACGUUUUUACAAUUGGAAGAUUGUCAGCAUUGACACUGGAGAGGGGCUGAAGAGCCACAUGUAGCUCCGGAGUCACAGGUUGCCUCCUUCUGUCGUAAAGCGUCUCAUGCAGGUGGUUACUCUUUAACCAGGUUCAUUCACUUUAUUAAAUGUACUUCCCUUGUUGUUUUCAGCUUUUGACAUUAAGGACAGUGAAUAAACAUGCUAGCGCCCUUACUUUUUUACUAUAAUAGUUAGCUACGUUCAGCACACUGACGGGAGGCUGACGUGCUCUACAGCUACUGUUACACUGGAGGACAACAUGUCGUGAUCUGAGAGCAGACACUUCACAAGUGCACAGAAAGACCUUGAGAGCGAGGAGUAAAGCUGGAGCACAGGAAAUCUGUGAAAGCAACACUAAAUGAGUGAUAGCAGAGCAGACAUAAGUGCAACAGACGGUGUUUGAGGGAAAGAAAACACAAUUUGAAGGUUGAAUUAAUAAAUCUUGCUCUCAAAUUUAAAAAAAAAAAAAACCAAGCUCUUAGACUAAGAUAGAGAUAAAACCCUGUAAGAAUUUCUACAAAUGAAAGCCUCAGUCGUCCCUUUCUUUAAUUAUUGCUCCACCUGACCAUCAGACUCAGAGUUAAACAGUCCAGAGUCAAACUAGUAAAACCUGAUUUAAGGUCUGUGAGGUGGAGGAACGGUUAGUGUUCUUAAAUGACCGUGAAGGUUUUUUAUUCUCAGGAGCAGUGCAGCAGAGCAGCACCACAGGGAAUCCAGUAUGGCAGCAGUUGAAUGAUGUCUCUUCAUGUUGUCUGUGGAUGUGACGGCUGAGUGAUGAAAUAUCAGCCUGAUUUCACUGACAGGCCUCACGUCAGCAGCACUCAGCUUCACACAGGUGUCACACGCUGUAUGUGCGAUACCUCUAUGUGUGUGUGUGUAAAUGUUUGAUUGUCCACCUUCUACAGGUAAAAUGUAAAUGUAUUGCCAAAUACACAUCCUGUUUACCUUUUUUGCUGAUAUACUGCACUUUUUUUAUCAUUUCACAUUACUGUUAUUGUCAGACACAAUGUAUGGAAAUGAAUAUGUCACUUUGUUUCUUCAACGCUCGCAGUUUGUAUUCAGAAAGCGUCUCACCUGUCCGUGGUCACCUUGUUUUCAGGGAGAAAAGUUUCACCCAUCAGCAGUCUGUCAUGCACAAAUGUUGCUGCUGCUUGUCUCUGCAACUCGAAUAGUCACAUGACAAUUCUUCGGCACCGGCGUCUGUUGCAGUCGUGGGUUUGCUGUGGAGGAUUAGGGUCUCAUUUAUAAUUGUGUACGCACAAAUCGAGGCCUGAACGAGACGUGCGCCACCUCCCACAGAAAAGUUGUGAUCUAUAAAAACAGACUUGAUGGGAGAAACGUUGCUUACGAACAUUUUGGAGACGGGAAAUUGGCAACACAGAUGGUGAGGUGGAAGCCUGAUUGUAGACAUUGUCGAAUAUUUUUUAGUGCAUGCCAUCAGGUAGAAUCAGUCAGCCAAUGUCAACCUUAAAGGGAUAGUUCAGAUUUUUUGGAGUGUUGUUGUGUGGGUUGCAUGUGCAUAGACAGUAUAUUUCAUACAGUAGAUGUCAGUCGGUACGCUCCAAAGAGCAUGGUUCGAAACCAGGGGUGGAGGAGCAUGUUCUCCCUGUGUCAGCGUGGGUUUCCUCCAGGUGCUCCAGCUUCCUCCCACAGUCCAAAGACAUGCAGGUUAACUGGUGACUCUAAACUGUCCGUAGGUGUGAAUGUGAGUAUGAAUGGUUGUCUGUCUCUAUGUGUCAGUCCUGUGAUAGUCUGGUGACCUGUCCAGGGUGAACCCUGCCUCUCACCCAGUGUCAGCUGGGAUAGGCUCCAGCCCCCCCUGUGACCCCUCACAGGAUAAGUGGUUACGGAAAAUGAAUGAAUGGCUCCAAUGUGCUUCUCCAAACUGGGGGCGCUCCAACUAACAUUUGCUGUAUGUAAUAUACUGGAUAUGAAUAAGUACCCCAUACGACCCAACUUCAAUAAUCUGAACUCUCCCUUAAAGUCACGGUGUGUUAUGACCUGUGUGUGAUUUUUUAUUUUUUUUUGUCAAACUUUAGUUUUCUUUGCAAAAUCCAAAUGAAAAGUCAGUGUCAGACAGCUGACGGUAUUGUAAUGCCCUUUAAUUUUGAAUGUUUACAUGAAGGUAAAGAGAAUCUGACUGCAGCGGACGACACAGGGUGAGUUAGUCAGUGUUGUACUUUCUGUGGAGCCGGAUCCACAACUGUAAGCUGCUGUAGUGAAUGUAACGCCAAACAACCAAGGACUAUUUACAUUUCAUUGUUCUGGUUUUUUUUUUUUUUUUUCAUUUAAUUGAUUAUUUAACCCAUUAAAUGUUUUUUGUUUUAAUGUGGAAAUGUCCCUCAGAAAGUCACAGAGCCAAAGGUUACAUCUCAGUUAAACAAUAUUGGAUUUUCGGUGAUGUAACAGAAAGAAAAGCAGCAAAUAAUUUCAUUUCUGAACCUGAACCAGUGAUAUUUUUUGUUUUUUUGCCCAACUAUCGAUUAUCAAAAUUGUUGCUGAUAUAUUUAUUAUUGAUUGAGUUAUGGUUGUUGCAGUAUUCACUGGUUUCCUGCAGCCUCUAAAGUGUGAAUGCAGACGUCACCAGACUGCACCAUCAGGCCACUGAAUGCAUUUUCCCAACAUAAUUUAAAAAUGUUUCAUACGCUUUCAUUGUGUUAACCACGAGCUUUGGCUUUGCUUUACAAUCAUACAUUUAUUUUAAAGAGAGCUUGCCUCCAUUAUUCCAUGUCCACACUCUGUAUGUGAUGAACUUGAUCUGGAUCAUAAUAAUGCUUCCGGGGAGCAGGGUGACAGUUUUCACUCGUAGUUAGUGUUCACAGUAAUCCAUAGUAAAGCCAGUGCAGGCUGCUUGUUGACUGUAAAUGAACUCUAGAUGCUGGUGUGCUAGAGUACAAGGUUGAAAUGUAUUCAGAGUGAGAUAAAGCUUUAAAUAUCCAUUGCCAAGUAUUUCUGUACCAUAUCCACUUGCUGAUUGAUGGUAAAUCAUUAUGAUUUCUAUGGAUGCCAUAUCUUUCUGUUACCAUAUUCAGUUUUGUCUUUUUAAUUGGCAACAAGCCGACUGAUUUAAAUAUGCAGCAGGACAAUCUUGCAGCAGGCUGUUGUAUGAAUGAUGAUGUAAUGUUUGCAGGACUUGCACUAAAUGUUGGUUAGACUGACGUGUUCGAACUUUGAAUACAGGAAAUGAUAUCUGC